AUGAACCACGACGCCGUCAUGACCGACGAGCAGCUUGCCGCCGGGACUGAUAACCUCACCGACCUGGGGGACUAUGUCCUCGAGGAUCUCCCGGACGGAACUCUGCCGGAUCUUCCCGGCGAGCGCGCUGCCAAGAAGCAGUGUGGGGAGGGUACCUCUUCCGCCGCCUCUGGGGGCUCCGCUCCCACGGCGGCAGCUCCGGCGCCUCUUCCCGUCCAACGCUCUAACUCAUCCGGUAGCUCUGCGGCUACGGCGCCAUCGUCCUCCCGUCCGGCUGCCCCCCCGAGGCAGCGGCCUGCUCCGCCCUCGCGCCCCCAGCCUCCUGCCCAGGAUGCCGCGGCCGAGCAGACCCCCGCCGGGCCUUCUCCUAACCUCUCUCUCACGGCGCGCUACCGUAAUCUCCGCCGCCACCGCCCUUCUGUGGGUACGGAGCUCCGGUCCCUGAUACGGGACACGCAGUCGCUGGUGACCAUCUUGUUCCCGGAAUGCUCUGAAGAGGUGCGGGAGAGCAUCCUCGCGCGUAUCAGUGCGGCUCUUCCGGGAUCGACCGCCUUCAACGGUGCUGUCCCGCAGUACGAAGCAGCCGCCGGGGAACCGUUGCGUCUGCCGCGCAAAUCGUAUUUCCGCCAUAUCUUCUCCUGGCCGUCGGCGAACGACGCUCGCGUUUUUCGCCGGCUGUUCACGUCCCCCUUCCUGGUGCGGCUGAACAACAGCCGUCCUGUCGAGGUCAAGGUCUACACGGACCCCUUUCCGGAGUUCUCUGCUGCAAAGGCUCGUGGGGAUACCCAUUUGGUGGUGCGGAAUGUUCCGCUCGGUGUCUCGGCUGAGCGCCUGCGCGCAACACUGCUCGCUGCUGUUACCGAAGCGAACCUUCCGUGGCUCGCUGAUCUCCUCCACUUUCACAGGCUUAAGGACCCCUAUGAUGGAUCGUCGUAUUCCCAGAUGAUGGGCCUUCCCGUGGCCGCCGAGGGGGACCCCGCUUUUGAGCGCAUCUCUGCGGUGCUGUGGAUUCCGGACCAGGAGGAUCCGGCCCUGGUGAACAUCUCCUGCCAUGCUUGCACUCUACCGAAGCGUUUACGAAUUGUGGGCUCUUUUUAUUGUCUCUUGGUGUUAAGUUUCCUUUUCUCCGCCCGCCUCUCGGGCCUCUGCCUUUCUUAUUGGUCUUGCCUGUUACGCCCUUUCCAAGGGCCAUCAUCUGUCUCCUCCGUCUCUGCUCUGGAACCGGCCCUCUCCACCCCAAUGAUCUCAGGAAAGCUCCUGGGGCAGCAUGCUGCGGCUAUGGCCUUCAAGAAGGACCUGGGCCUCCUCCUCAUUGGCUUGGAUCUCGAUGUCGAAGUCUGGACGUGCUCCAUGUGCGAUAUCGAGUGCGGAUUAGCCCUGGACAGUGCUAUGUUCCAUCUGAACUCCGAGCGCCACCGUGCCCGGCUGCUGGAAACUGCUCACAAGACUGCAGUCAAGGACACCUAUGCAAUCUACGCUCCUUCUACUCCCGCGGUCCGUCGCCCAUGGUGGCGGGCCAUCCUUCUCCCUGCUCUAGAAGCCCCCACUUCCUCGGCCGGCACUGUCCUGGCUGGUGACUUCAAUGCGGUAUGCUCUCCAGAGGACCGCAACAGGCCGCCCCUCAGCCACGAGACCUCGGAAGGGCUAAUCCUCUCGGGCAUUCUCCAACAGCAGUCCAUGCUCGACUCAUUCCGCAUUCCUUUUCCCACCACUCCCAUGUUCUCAUUCUUUGCUUACCCACAUGCAGCUCAGAGGGAUGAGGCCCCCACUGCCUCACGCCUCGACCGCAUUCACCGUCCGCACCUCGCACACAUCGUGGCUGAGGCCUGCCGUAAUCUUCCCCCCUCCCUCACCGGCGAGUCUUGGGACCGCUGGAAACUCACCUUGUGCAAUAAAUUCAAGGCUUUCGGCAAGAUCGAAAGAAUCCGCACCAGAAAAACCACGGCGCACCUCAACAGCCUCGUUUGCCACCUGAGCGUGUAUCUAGCCACCAACCCCUCAGACGCCGAUGCCAUCGAGAACCUAAGAAGAGCCACUCAGCAAUUCGAGCGGUAUGAAGCGUCGCGCGCUGCUGAUAUUGCCCUUAAAGCCAAACUUAAAGUCGAGGGUCCGCGCGAAAUGGGCGUGUCCUCUCUUCUUGUCGGAAUCAACUCCAGAAUCAAAGCCUCCCUCAUCAAAUCCUUACGCACUCCCUCUGGCUCACUCACCUCUGACCUCCCCGUCAUGAGCAGCCUGUGCACAUCUUACUAUCAAGAGCUUUAUAGCGGCUCCCAGACCGUCACUCCUAGUGCUGCCUUUUGGUCCCAUGUUCCCCCGGCUCACCUUCCCCCGCAGCUCACGGACCGUCUCUCCCGCCCCUUCUCCAUGGAAGAAGCAUCCAAGGCAAUCGCUAAGCUCCCCCGAGGAAAAACUCCUGGCCCGGACGGGCUUCCGGGCGAACUCUUCCGGCAGUUCCGCAAGACCUUCACUCCUGUCCUCCACGCCUUGCUUCUGGAAAACCACUCCGCGCUCCCCCCCUCCAUGCUACAAGGGCGCACGGUGCUCAUCCCUAAGAAAGGGGACGCAUCAGUAAAUGAUAACCUACGCCCGAUCACGCUGAUGAACUCAGACUACAAAAUUCUGGCCAUUUGCCUUGCCAACCGCCUCCAACCGCUGCUUCUCUCCCUCAUCAAUCACUCCCAAGCAGCUUUCAUCAAGACUAGAAAAAUUGGCGACACCUUGAAUGAUACUCUUGACCUCUUCGAUUGGGCUACCACGCAAAACCUGCCGCUCCUUGCGUUGACAGUCGACAUAAGGAAGGCGUACAAUCUUGUCGAUCGGGACUUUAUGCUUGCCUGCCUCACACACCUGGGCCUCCCCCCUGCCUUCGUGCGCUGGGUUGCUCUGAUGCACUCUAAUACGUCCACCAGAAUCUCAGUCAAUAAUCUAUGCGGCCCCCCUAUUGCAGUACAGACCGGCGUCCAGCAAGGCUGCCCCCUUGCCCCGUUCCUCUUCCUGUGUGUCAUCGAGGUUUUUCACCGUUACGCAUCAUGCUUCCUGCCCGGCUUCCCGGUCUCCCGCACGCAACACCGUUUAAUGGCAUGCUACGCAGAUGACGUCACGAUUUUUCUCACCUCUGAUUCGGAGCUUCGGAUCGCCUCACAAGUCCUCAUGUUCUUCGCCGCGGUGUCCGGGGAACAUCCAAACUGGGCCAAGUGUUCCCUUAUUCCCUCUAACCUUCCCCACUCUGACAUCCGACAUGCCGGCGACAUCCCCAUCCGAGGUAGCUCUGAUUUCGAGCGCAUCUUGGGGAUAUAUGUGAGCUCGUCGGGCCGCACUGAUAAAACAUGGGAGCUCGCUCUCUCUCAGAUAAAGUGCUCGGCUAACUUCCUCGCGCACCUCCAUGCCACGGUCACCUGCAGGAAGCGUCUUUCCAACGAACGACUCAACUCCGUUCUCUCCUUCCCGGGCAGAUUCCAACCCCCCCCAACUCCCUCACUACAGGCGAUUGAUGUCGUAGCGGGGAACCUGCUAUACGCUUCUAAAUUUCGAUCGGAGGGCAGGUCCUCCCGCCACCUGACCCACAACACUAUAUACAACCACGUUGAGGACGGUGGGGUCGGCGCCAUUAAACCUUCUGACCAAAUCCGCGCGCUCAAUGCACAACGUGCCUUUCGACGCUUCUCUCAGCUCCCCAAUGCCGCGAUUGCCCGCACUUGCGUCCCCAUUCCCUUCGGCCUGCACGGGUUCCUCCUCGACAAGGUCUUCGUGGAGGUGCGCAUCGGACAUAUCGUUCGGCGCAAUGAAGGCGGGGCGAGACGGCUUACGGAUGCGGAAAUCAUGGAGCAAUACCCCCCGAAAGAGUUCCCCUGCAGUCGCCGAAUCAUCAACGAAGUCUAUCACGCCAUGCCUGACGACUGGUGGGCUGCGCUCUCCUCAUCUCACAGCUUGGUUCCCCUCGAGAGCGGGAACUGGAUCAUUAUGGCGGCAGACAUGACUGCCCCCCCUCUUCACGCCUACGAGGUCGAUCAACGCCUCGAAGGGGACUCCUUUUCUGCACACAUCCACGAGGUCGAUCCAACGGGCAGAAUCUCGAAAGCAGCGACAGGUCGGCGAAUACUCGACACCAAGACUACCGUUCCUGUACACGUGGUGGACCGAUGGCUUGGGGGAACCUUCUGCUCGGGAGCGGGAUUAGCGGCAAGACUCGAGAUCCUACAGGACGGCGUCCCCUCACUGGCAGCGCUUCGCGACUUAUCCUACUCGCCACAACAGCUUCAACACCCGCAACGUUGGCUAAAUAUCCUCCCGACCUCUGGACCGCAUCUCAUUCCCGACUACACACACGUUUUUCUCUCGGAGCAACCUUCCGCACAUCGGGACAUCCUGUUUCGGCUAUAUGCUCGCGCUCUACCCACCGGAUCUCGCUACAUGUACUUGGCGGAUAACGGCAUCUGCUCUGGAUGCAAUCAAGGAAUUGUGGAAUCUCUUCCUCAUCUAUUCUUCGAAUGUGGAGUGGCCCGGCCGAUCACCGAAGCGCUACAACGCACCGCGCGCGAACAUUUGGGCAUCACAACCUCCCCGUCGCUGACCCUUUUCCCUCUUCCGACGGGAGCUGGUCAAACUGCCCCGUGGAGCCUGCUGGUUGGAGCAGCCGCUAGAGCCAUCUGGAACGCACGAUGCAGUCACAGAUACCGCCAAACCCCCUUCAAGACCAUCGAAGCUCUUCAUAACGUUCUCAACCUCUUCUUGCUCGCCUUCAAAAUCCUCUUAUGGCGCGCUUCCAACGGGUCCAAGAAAAAACGUCAACGGGCGGCCAACCGAAUCAAAUUAGCCACCGCUCACCGGCUGUUCAUCUUCCCCGAACCCAACUGCCCAGCCAUUCAUCCCGAUCUCAAAGCUACGUGGCUCCUCAAUGACUCCUUCCGCCCCCCGUAG